AUGGAUGUGUCUCAGGCCGUGGCAGGCUACAUCUCCAAGAUUGUAACGCCGUCGGGGUCCAAUUCUUCUGCCAAGAUGAAGAUCUUAUUGCUAGAUCGCGAGACCGUGUCCAUCGUGUCGACGGCCGUCACGCAAUCGUCACUGCUUAAUUAUGAGGUCUACCUCAUCGACCGUCUCGAGAAUGCCUCGCGGGAAAAAAUGCGCCACCUUCGCUGCCUCUGCCUUGUACGGCCCUCCCCUGAAACCAUCCAGCUCCUCGUCGACGAGCUUCGCGAACCCAAGUACGGAGAGUAUCACCUUUACUUUACCAACGUGGCCAAAAAGUCGUCCCUGGAGCGCUUGGCCGAGGCCGACGACCAUGAGGUAGUCAAGAGUGUCCAGGAGCAUUUUGCCGACUACACCGUCAUCAAUCCAGAUCUCUUCUCCCUCGGCUUUGCUCUUCCGCAGUGGCGCGUAUGGGCCGGCAGCCCGGACACGUGGAAUCCUGAGGCUCUUCAAAGAUGCGCCGAAGGCCUCAUCGCUGUUCUGCUUUCCCUCAAGAAAAAAACUCUCGUGAGGUAUGAGAGAAGCAGCACUCUGGCCAAAAAACUGGCGUCAGAAGUGCGGUAUCUUAUGUCACAGGAGGAGCAGCUAUUCGACUUUCGAAAAGUUGACACCCCCCCGCUUCUGCUGAUCCUCGACCGAAGAGAGGAUCCCAUAACGCCGCUUCUCACGCAGUGGACAUACCAGGCCAUGGUCCACCACCUCCUUGGAAUCCACAAUGGCCGGGUGGAUCUAAGUGAGGUGCCCGACAUUAGGUCGGAGCUCCGGGAAGUCGUCUUGUCCCAGGAUCAGGAUCCCUUCUUCAAGAAGAACAUGUUUCUCAAUUUCGGUGACCUCGGCGGGAGCAUCAAAGAGUACGUCGAGCAGUAUCAGUCCAAGACCAAAACCAAUGCCGACAUCGAAUCCAUAUCCGAUAUGAAGCGCUUUAUCGAAGAGUAUCCGGAAUUCCGCAAGCUCUCGGGCAACGUGAGCAAGCAUGUCACCUUGGUUUCUGAGCUCAGUCGCCGGGUCGCCGCCGAGAACCUGUUGGAGGUGAGCGAGACCGAGCAAAGCCUGGCAUGCAACGACAACCACAAUGCCGACUUAAAGAACCUCCAAAGACUGGUCCAGAUGCCCACCGUCACGGCCGGGGCCAAGGUCGGGCUAGUCGCGUUGUAUGCUCUGCGAUAUCACAAGCACCCGUCUAAUGCGCUUCCCAUGCUCGCGGAGCUGCUGGUCGCGGCCGGCGGCGUGUCGCCGCGUCACGCAGACAUGCCCAACAAGUUAUUGGCAUACCACUCGUCCCUCCACAUGACGCAAUCGAACAGCGGCAUCUCGGAAAUCUUCGAAUCGGCCGGCAUCUUCUCCGGGGCGUCAAGUCGCUUCAAGGGCCUCAAAGGAGUCGAGAAUGUAUAUACGCAGCACACGACGCUUCUGGAAAGCACCCUGCAAAAUCUUAUCAAGGGGCGCCUCAAGGAACAACGGUACCCAUUCAUGGAAGGGAGUGGCUCGACAAGAGACAAGCCGCAGGACAUCAUUGUCUUCAUGAUUGGAGGCGCCACCUACGAAGAAGCCAAGAUGGUAGCCGGCAUCAACGCAACCACUCCUGGCGUCCGCGUGGUGCUGGGCGGCACGUCAAUGCAUAAUGCUGCAACAUUUCUCGAGGAGGUCGAGGAUGUAGUGGGCACAUGGCCUGAGGCACGAAGCCGAAGAUGA